AUGCUGAUGAGUGAGCUACAAACGGUGCCACCUUCGCGCCACCACCGCGAAACAGCCUCCAUGAGGACAGCGCUGCCUUCGAGGCCCAUGUCCUCCAAGCAUCGCGACUCGCCCUCGCAACGUCAGUCGGCUGGCCAGGAUAGUCGUGUGCGGCAGCGACAUGAUGGCAGUGCCUCCCCUGGUGUGAGGACCAGCCCAUCCGACGAUGGCGGGAAGUCGUCGCGAGGACCCAGCCCCGUCCAAACCGCCGGAGAACCAAAUACAAAGGUCAAAUCAUUUGGCGGAAAUCUUCCUGGUCACGGUGGACAAGUUUGCAGCAACUGUGGAACAACCCGAACACCGCUGUGGAGGAGAUCCCCUCAGGGAGCUACGAUAUGCAAUGCAUGUGGCCUCUAUCAAAAAGCAAGGAAUACAGCUAGGCCGACAAGCCUCAAGAAACCACCGAAUGUUGUUUCCUCUGGAUCUUCUCGCUCUACGCCUCCGAAGCCGACAUCUUCCGGGUACAAGCCAGACUCGAGUUUGAAUUCUGGAAAUUAUCUAUCUGCAGAACAAAUGCCUACCGGCACUUGUCCCGGUGGUGGACGAUGCAAUGGAACCGGAGGUGCUGAGGGUUGUAACGGAUGCCCAGCCUUCAACAACCGGGUGUCAAAAACGGCCCAGCUCAACAUGAUGCAAAGAUCCAAAGGAGGCUGCGCAAGCAGAGCCGACUCGUCCAAUUCAGAGCCUGUUCCUAUCGACGUAAACGCCAUACAAACACAAAGUCAAGACGCAUCCAUGGUUAUUGCCUGUCAAAAUUGCGGGACUACUAUUACACCUUUAUGGAGAAGAGAUGAAAGCGGGCAUACUAUUUGCAAUGCUUGUGGCCUAUACUAUAAGCUCCAUGGCGUACAUCGGCCAGUAACAAUGAAGAAAGCCACAAUUAAACGACGAAAACGAGUGAUACCUGCAACGCAGGAUGGAGAUAUGGAGGAUGCGGCCGAGUCACCUGAGGCACAUAAGACGGAAGUUACUCCAGAGCGAGGAACUGAAAACGAAGAUGGGUCAAUAAAUCUUGGAAGCCGACGUCGCCCAGAAUAUCCUUUGACUAUUGAACCCCAGCCAGCCGUAAUGAGAUCUAGCGGUCAGGCUUCUCCAUUGCCGUCAACAUCGGAUCUCUCUGCAUAUCGCCAAGGGAGCGGAUAUCCACAAAGCGCAUCCAGCCAUGCCAAUGAAGAUAAUCGCCUGCCGCCUAUGUCAUCCAUGACUGCCGUUUCUGAGCGCCAGUCAUCCAUGUCUCCGGCCGCUUUCCUCUCUCCGCGGAGAAAGCGUUCGUUUUCGACAACGGAUACCGAGGCGGGCAAUAACGCGGAUCCUGCUCCAGACAGUGUCAAACGAAUCUCUUCCAUCAAAUCUAUCCUGAACCCGACAGUCAGUGGGGCGAUGAAUCGGUCCGGCAGCGCUGAUAUGGACGAUUACACCCUUCCGCCACUCCGAUCUACCGGAGGACUGCUGAGCCCACAUAUCAAGGACGUGUCCCCUGGUGCAGGGGUACGAAACGAUGGACAGGGCUAUGUGGACAAAAUCGAGAACGGACGCUCCAAGGCAGAGCGACGAUUAGCUCUUCAGAGAGAAGCAGAUCAGAUGAGAAAAAUGCUCGCCGCCAAAGAGCGGGAACUGAUGGAAUUGUGA